AUGGAACGGAUCACCAGUUUCCUGUCGUUACUUGGAGAAGAAGUAGAAGAUGCCGAAGAGGAAGCCUUCUACCUUUUCGCACAAGACAUCCCAUCCUCCAACUUAGGCUUCGUCGACUCGCGCGCCACGACCGUCGACCUCACAAUCAACAACCAGGACUACACCAUCCAUCAAUCGCCCACGUUACUCUCCUCGACCCGUGCAGGGGGCACAACAGGCGCAGUCCUCUGGAAAAUCACCCCGCUCUUCUCCGAAUGGCUAUCCUCCGCGACCAACCCCCUCUGGACCCAAUCCCUCCUCUCCGCCGCCUCCACCGUCGUCGAACUCGGCUGCGGCAUCUCCGGGCUGAAUGCCCUCACCCUUGCGCCCAAGGUCCACCACUACAUCGCGACAGACCAGGAAUACGUCCACCGGCUCUUCCGUCAAAACAUCGAGACCAACCACCAGCCCUCAACCUCAACCAGAUCCUCCAAGUCUCGUAAACAGCAGCAACAGCAGCAACAACAACAACAACAGCCCAAACGCAGCAAACCCAAACAGCAACAGCAACAACAACAAUCAACAUCCUCACCAAACAUCACCUUCACCUCCCUGGAUUGGGAAACCGACGUCGCAGGCUCGCUGAAGGCCAGCGUCGGAUUGGAGAACCCUGACCCUGGUUCCGACGACGAGGAACAAGAAAUCGAUCGAGGCUUCGAUCUCCUGGUAUCCUGCGACUGUAUCUACAACGAUGCGCUCGUGGCGCCGUUCGUGCGCACGUGCGCCGACAUCGGUCGGUUGAGGCCGGUGUAUACCACAGAUAGUUAUGGGGCGAGGAGCCGAACGCCGACGAUCUGCCUCAUCGCGCAGCAGCAGCGGUCGCCGGAGGUGUUUGAGGCUUGGUUGCAGGAGACGUUGAAGGUGUUUCGCGUCUGGCGGGUCGGUGAUGAUGUGCUUGGGGAGGCGUUGAAGUCCGGGACGGGGUAUUUGGUGCAUCUUCUGCUUCUCAGGUGA